AUGACAACAAUCAGAUAUUUCAUUCCAGAAGAUGGUGACGAGGAGACGCACCCUAAUGUCUUCCUCGCUCCAAAGCCAAGGCAUCCUGGGACUCCUCCUACCUUGGGACAAAUAAAGGAUGCAUUUCCACUUCCAGGGACCUAUCAUUUUCGCUUCAAGAGUCCCCUCUACCCUGGUGGAGAUCGAGAUAAAGGAGCCAUGUCAGUUUGGAUGGAUUUGGUCAAUGAUGCGGAUCCAAUUCCUACAUGGAAAAAUGGAAUUGUAGCAAAAAUAACAAGAAUCAGCAUGGAAGACGACGAUGAUGAUGAUGAUGACUUUCCUAUUCCGACUCCAGCUGCUACACCUGCUGCAAACCCUCGAGCACCACCAUCUCACCAAAGUUCAAUGGCGUCGCAAGGAUCCUCGGAUCACCUUGACAUUUUUGAUGGGCCUUCCCCUGGAGUCACCGCAACCCCCGCUUCAAAUGCUGCACCGAAUUUGUUUGAUACUCCCGCUGCAGCCCCAGCUUCGGGAGGCUCAUUGCUUGACAUGAAUGAAAACUAUGCUAGCACUCAAGCUAAAUCGUCGGCCCAUGCAGACUUCUUGGGAAUGACUGCACCAACAGCACAGCCUGGAUAUCCUGCAGCUGGAAACCCCAACAUGUACCCAGCUCAGCAGCAGCAACGCCCACCCCAGCAACAGCAGCAAAAUACGUUCAAUAGUUACGCUGCUCAGCAGGGACCGUUUGGUGGACUUGGAACGCCUUGGAAGCCUUAA